AACCUCCUCCUCCUCGCGCUCGCGUCGGCCUCCGCGGCGGCCCACGCCGACGCCGUCUUCGCCCGCCUCCCGGGGGCCGCCUCCGGCCACGCCUUCCCCUGGAACACCCUCAUCCGCCUCCACGCCCCCGCGAGCCCCCGCAGGGCCCUCGCCUACUUCGCGCGCAUGCGCCGUGGCGCGGUGGACCCCGACGCCUACACCUUCCCCGCCGUGCUCAAGGCGUGCGGCUGCGCGCCCGGCUGCAGGGUCGGGCUUCUGGUGCACGCCGAGGCCGUGAGGAGGGGUCUGGAUCGCGACCUGUUCACGCGGAACGCGCUCGUCAGCUUCUACUGCAGGACCGGGGACUGCCGCUCCGGGCGGAGGGUGUUCGACGACGGCGCGCGGGACCUCGUUUCGUGGAACUCCAUGGUGGCGGGGUACGUCGGAUGCGGCGAGGUGGAGCUGGCGCAGGAGCUGUUCGACGAAAUGCCGCAUCGGGACGCCUUCUCCUGGGCCGCCAUGAUUGAUGCCUACGGGAAGCGGUCUGGAGGUGUGGACCGUGCGCGUGAGUUGUUUGAUCAAAUGCCUGAGAGGGAUCUGGUGUGCUGGAACUCGAUGAUCGAUGGCUAUGCUAGGCAGGGGAGGAUGGACGAGGCGAGGAUGCUAUUCGAUGAGAUGCCUGAGAGGAAUGUGAUCUCGUGGAGUAUUGUUGUUGACGGGUAUGUCAGGUGUGGGGAGCCUUCAGAGGCUUUGGAACUUUUUCGAAGGAUGCUGAGGUGCGGUAUCAGACCUGAUAGGGUUGCUGCAGUUGGGGCUGUCACAGCCUGCGCACAGCUGGGAGCUCUGGAGCAAGGCAGGUGGCUGCACUCUUACUUGGAGAAGAAGAAGAUUUUAUUCGAUAUUGUGGUGAAGACAGCUCUGAUAGAUAUGUACAUGAAAUGUGGGCGCUUGGAUCUCGCCAUGUUGAUCUUUGAAAGCACGCCUGACAAGACCGUGGUUACUUGGAAUGUGAUGAUUGUUGGACUUGGAACUCAUAGCUGCGGACUUGAUGCUGUCAAGCUUUUCUGCCAAAUGGAGUCUGAAGGAGCACCAAUGGAUGAUCUUAGUGUGCUUGCCGUGCUGACUGCAUGCACACAUGCUGGGUUGAUCUCAGAGGGUUUACAGAUAUUUCAUAGAAUGAAGAAGGAUUUUGGGAUAGAUCCCAAGGUUGAACAUUAUGGUGCAUUGGUUGAUCUCCUUGGCCGUGCUGGACAUUUGGAUCAGGCUAGGCAUGCCAUAGAGACAAUGCCCAUGGAACCAACUCCAGAAUUAUGGGGAUCUCUGCUUGCUGCCUGCCGAAGUCAUAGGUGCGUCGAAUUGGCUGAGCUGUCGGUUGAACGCCUAGCAAGUCUUGGAGCUGACGACUCUGGAGUCUAUGUUCUUCUGUCCAAUAUCUAUGCGGAUGAAGGAAUGUGGGAUGGUGUCUCGAGGAUUAGGAGACUGAUGAGUGCUGAAGGGAUGAAGAAGGACAUUGGAAGGAGUGUGAUUGAGGCAGAUGGGCAAAUACACGAGUUUGUGAAUGGCGGCAGUUCACAUCCUGAUAAGGAUGAAAUUUACAUGAUGCUGUGGAAUUUAUCUAACAUGGUAGCAUCUGCUUGAUUGCUCUGUUGCACCGAAAUUGUGUUGAAUCCCUUGGUGUGAUGCCUGUUAGUUGAUUGAACAUUCUCGGCAUGAAAUGCUACAUGCUGGAUGAAGCUCUUGAAAACUCAUUGUCCCAGGGCUUCUUUCUGAAGCUGCUUGUCAUGACAAAUAUUUGCAAAUGAAAACAAAGUGUUUGGUUGGAGCUGUGGCUUAUUUCCCAGAGGACUUUGGAGAUAUUAACAUGAUCGAAAAUUGCACCUGGUAGUUAAUUACGCUAUUGGAAGAGCUACCUCCCAAGUUCUAUUGAUGAUAUAGCAGCCAAAUGGGUGCUUAGUUACUUGCACACUGGUCCAUGCCUUUCUUUGUAUUCAUUUUACUGGACUUAGUUGCAGACUGACUAAAAGGUUCCGAAACGCAGAGAUCUUGAGAUCCAUGGGGUGGUGGUCCAUUUUGCUUUCCUUGACUUACUUGCACGGAGCCAGUUUUAAUGGGUAAGAAACAGUUCGGGGCUACCAGUUGAUGAUCAUGGAGUUUUAAUAACGAUUUCGGGCUUGACCACAAGUUUGAUCUUAAUAAAAAGACUUUGAACCUCUGUUGAGUUGGUCUUUAACAUCCUCAGAAUGAAGAAAAGUGAAACUCAGGUUGAAGGCUGGCGUCAUCGAGAUAGUAUGCAGCAAGUCCAAUUGUCAAUGUCGCCAGCUAUUUCUGUCUACUCUCUACAUUAUUAUUUUAUGUUUGAAUGAAAAUAGAUGGAAAUUAAUCGUGUGAAAUAUAGUAGGAAUGACCAUCUAAGCAUAGAAGUGCAAAGAACAACCGUGUUCUCUUUAUGAAUUCUUUGGCUUCAUGUCGAAUUCAUUGUUUUCCACAUUACAAAGCUGUUCUGAAUAUCCAGUUUCCUGACCAGAGAUUCUCUUGGAUGGCCAUAGGCAAAUUUCAUAACCUUAGUGAUGUCAAAAUUGGCUGGCCAUUUUUUUUUGAAUGCUGCCGAUCUAGAAGCAUGCUUUAGCAUAAAUUAGAAUAUAAAUAUAUAAUACCUGUAACUAUGAUGAGUACUAUAGAGACAGGAAAGAGCUGCAGCCUUCAGGCCUUGAUUCGAAGGAGCUGCAACCCAUGUGUCAUCUAUGUUGGGUCGAAAGCAUGCAUCUCGUGUUAUACAAAACAAAACAGCUCGAGAUGGAUCCUACUGCUUACUUCCAUGUGAAUAUUUUUGCAGGACCACUUCAUAGGAGACCUCUUCUUGUUUUCUUAAGAAAAAUGCUGACCUGCUUCUACCGCUAGAGAGUAGCACUAGGGCCACUGCGCGGCAGCUUUUUAUUCCUCUCACCAUACAAACCCUCUUCUGUAAUGUCACUCUCAGGAUACAACUGGAUUGAUCUUCUUUUUUCUCAUUGUCUUUUUAGGAGAUCUACAUGCUGGUCCUGAAGCCAUUUGAAGCUACAGUAGGAGCAAAUGUACAGGUGGUUGUUUUGUUACAUGGAAAGAGGGAUGGCACAAAACCCACGAGAGCUGAAGAUGCCCAGGGUAGAGAAGAUACUGUCAACUUCUGGUGGAACAUACGAACGUUUACAGCAUUUAUACACUGCACAGUUGGAGACCGUGUAGAAGAUCCAGUCUGAAGUUCUAAGCCUAUUCAAGCAGAAGACCACAUCGAGGAGUAAGGAGGCAAGUUGGCUACUGUAUCCUCUUCCUAUCAGUCCGCUUACCAAAAACUCCAUGGGCAGAGGCAGGCCAUGGAGGGAAGGGAAGAUGGGCCAAUUAUUUGCGCCAAUCAUAUGCAACAUCGAAACGGCGGACACAGUGCGCAAAAUCUAUGUGGGAAUAGUAGUAAACCUAAUAAUCAGCGGAAGAACAUGCUUCAAGGAAAACCCUGAGGGAGAAGAGGAAACUUAUGUUCAGUUAAAGGACAUGCUUCAAGGAACUAACUACCUAGGAUGCCUGGGGUAGUGAUGACGGUGAAAGCCAAGGGGAAGCACAGAUUUAUGGCGUAUCAUCUCUGAACAUGCAGAGGUGUAUGUCUGUAUGCCAGAGGACCGAGAGGAGGGUGUGGGAACUGGAAAAGCAGCUCGGGUGAAGAUGCUUGGAUUCUGCAUUUCGGAGAGAGCAGCGUGGCGGAGGUGCUUGGAUUUCUGCGUUUCUCCCAGCCUAGCUCUUGUUUUCUUCUCUCGCUCUCCUUCAGCACGGCGGCGUGGGCUUGCCACUGGAUUCUGGGACAAGCAUCCAGAGCCGUACCACGCGCAGUCUGGCGGCCUCUUGCAGCCGCAGAGAGCAAUUCUCGGAAGCUCGGGAUCUGCGGCGCGCUGGUCAUAUUGCUUGUGUGCUUCUUCCUUGAGGAAGAUGCACUGACUGGCCGUGGACAUGGGCAGUGCUCAGCGGUGGUUGCUUUCAGUACCAGAGCGGCUACCACCACCGGGAGAGGCCAAUGCUGGCGGUCACGAGACGCCAACUGGGUCAAGAUUUUGGUCCAGUCUGAAAAAUAGCCAAGUGGGUACUGUUUGUCCAAGGGGGGUCUGCAUUCCACCCUGUCGUGCUGAGGGGGACUUGUUGUUUUCAGCCCCACGGAUCACAAGGAUAUGGCGUACUGCACUCCCGACUAGACGACAUUCACAAAAUCCAUAUUUUGCCAUCACAAGCUUGUAGAUAAUAUGUGGAGGGAUUUGAAGAAAGGCCAAUUGCAGUGACUUGGGCUAAAUUAAGCAACUGGCCAGCAACUGAGAGCCGAUGAGAAGGAAGAUGGACAAGGGAAAUUUCUAUUUGGUCGAAGGCGCCCAUUGCCCCGGCUAUAGGUUUUAGAUGGGCCAGCCUAUGAAAGCUUCUCACACAGUCACGGUUUUGGUAUGCUUCCAUUCUGAUUUUCUCCAUUUUUUGUGUUUUAUUGCCAUUUUCUUUAUUUUCUUACCUUUUCCAA